AUGGCCACCUCUCCGCAGCCUUCUUCGAACAUUGACGCCACCAUUUCAGUCCUGCGGCGAGAUUUGACCUCCGAGAAUGUCCCUCUUGCCCGACGCUUUCGCGCCCUCUUCUCUCUCAAGCAUCUCGCUUCACAAAGCCCAGGACCACAAGCAACAGCAGCAAUAAACGCAAUUGCGGCUGCAUUUGCUUCUCCCUCGGCGCUCUUGAAACACGAGCUGGCGUAUUGUUUGGGACAGACCAGAAAUCUAGCUGCAGUCCCGUUCCUUCGGGCGGUCCUCGAAGACAGGUCAGAAGAUGCAAUGUGUAGACACGAGGCGGCCGAGGCGCUCGGAGCUCUGGGAGACAUGUCAAGUCUACAAAUCAUGAAGCAAAUGAAAGACGACGAGCGGGAGCCCGUGGUGGUCAGAGAGACAUGUGACAUUGCAGUCGACCGCAUCAAUUGGGCUCAUUCUAAGAGCCGACAAAGCGAAAGCCUGAAGCCAAGCGACUUUGCCUCUAUCGACCCUGCGCCUCCUCUCCCUUUGUCUUCAGGAAGCCCUUCAAUCCCGACCAUACAGGCGACGCUCCUCGACACUUCAUUACCCAUGUUUCAGCGAUAUCGAGCCAUGUUCGCGCUGCGAGACCUCGCGUCCCCCCCCGACCUCCCCACGGCAGAAGCUGCCGUUCAUGCCCUCGCUUCCGGGUUCAAAGAUCCAUCGGCACUAUUCCGACACGAGGUGGCUUUCGUGUUCGGGCAACUCUCACACCCGGCAUCAAUACCCGCCUUAGUAGCUGUGCUGGAGAAUACAAAGGAAGAGAGUAUGGUUCGACACGAGGCGGCAGAGGCGCUUGGCAGUCUGGGAGAAGAACCGGGUGUGGAGGACAUGUUGAGGAGAUUCUUGGAUGAUCCUGAGCAAGUGGUCCGCGAGAGCGUCAUUGUUGCUCUCGAUAUGGCCGUGUACGAAAAAACCGGGGAAAUGGAGUACGCCACGAUACCAACAGGGGCUGCUGCAUAG